AUGCAAAGCGGCUAUGGCCCACAUCUCCCUGUGUCUACAGUUUCAUCGACAAAUAGUAGAGUUGUGUCGAAGCAAGAUCUAGCGAAGCAGCUUCUUAACACAGACGGAGCUUCCGAAGGAGGAGUUAUUGCCCAGUUGACUAGCAAUCCAUUCUUCACAGCUGGAUUUGGACUCGCUGGCCUGGGAGCUGCUGCUGCACUUGCUCGCCGAGGCGCUCGACAGGGCGCAGCAUUGCUACGUCGUCGGCUUCUGGUCGAUGUCGAGAUCAACGUACAGGAUGACUCCUAUCAAUGGUUCCUAUAUUGGAUGACCCUACACCAACGAGCGCAGUUGGCGGCAGCUACCUCAAAACCGAGCGCAACAUCUGCUCCAAGCCCUGGCAAAACAGGUGUGCUAGAGGCAUUAUUGCGCAAGAUUACUCCUGGCAUGCGACAUCUGUCAAUCGAGACCGAAAAAAUUGUCCUCCCUAAUGGAGCCAUCCACACAAACUUUGCUUUGAUACCAGGACCUGGAAAGCACGUCUUGCGAUAUAAUGGUGCUUUCAUCUUUGUAAAUAGAGUCCGGGAAGAGAAGUCAAGGGACUACAAAACGGGCGAGCCAUGGGAGACGGUCACUUUGACGACUCUGUACUCCCAUCGUCACGUUUUUGAAAGCAUGUUCAAAGAGGCACAUGAUAUUGCGGCAAGAUCGCAAGAGGGAAAGACUGUCAUCUAUCAUUCUCGUGGUAUCGAGUGGAAGCCCUUUGGUAAUCCACGUCGCAAGAGACCUCUUGAAUCCGUCGUGCUUGAUGCUGGUGUGAAAGAAACUAUUGUGGCUGACGUAAAAGAGUUCCAAUCCUCGAGUAAGUGGUAUUAUGAUCGAGGCAUACCGUAUCGUCGUGGCUAUCUCCUUCAUGGCCCGCCUGGAACCGGCAAAUCAUCCUUCAUUCAGGCGCUUGCCGGUGAACUCGACUAUGAUAUAGCGAUUUUAAACCUGAGCGAACGGGGUUUGACGGAUGAUCGCCUGAAUCAUCUUCUCACAAUCAUACCUCCACGAACGCUGGUGUUACUUGAGGACGUGGAUGUCGCUUUCGCCAACAGACGUGUUCAGAGUGAUCCAGAUGGAUACAGGGGCGCAACCGUUACAUUUUCCGGACUACUCAACGCGCUUGACGGGGUGGCGAGCGCCGAAGAACGAAUUAUCUUCUUGACGACUAACUACGUGGAGAGACUGGAUGGUGCAUUGGUCAGGCCUGGUCGGGUGGAUAUGACAGUACGCCUCGGCGAAGCUACCAGAUAUCAGGUCGAGCACUUAUGGGAUCGCUUCUACGGCGGAGACGGCGACAGCGUGAAGUUUAAAGGACUCUUCUGCGAAAGGCUGCAAGAGUUGCGUCUCCUCGAGUCGGAAGAACACCCUAUACCGAAGUACAGCACCAGCACAGCAGCUUUACAGGGAAUCUUUCUGUACAAUAAAAGCAAUAUGCAGGGCGCUAUUUCUAUGGCCGGCUUGCUUGUUCAGAGCGGCGACAAUGAUCAGCUACGUGCACCAUCUAUUUUAGCCACAACCGAGUCAGGAGGAUGA